AUGAUGGAGGCUCAAUCCAGACUCUUUGGCCGCGACGUCUCGUGGUCUUCGAUACCAACUCACGAGUUGCUGGCGGAAAUAUCGCGACGCCAGGAUGCUGAGGCCGACCAGCCGGCCUGCGGGUCGAAUCAGAGAGGCGCAUACGACACGUCCUUACACGUUUUCGCCCUCUUCCUGAUAUUGGCAUUGAGUACAUUGGCCUGCGGUUUCCCACUCUUUUCGCGCCGCGCUUCCCAGAGCCGACGAUCGAACCGGUUCGUCUUCCUGAGCCAGCAUUUCGGAACCGGCGUCCUCCUCGCGACUGCCUUUGUCCACCUCCUGCCGACCGCCUUCCAGUCCCUUACCGACCCAUGCCUGCCAUAUCUCUUCAGCCAAGCAUACAAGCCGAUGCCUGGCUUGAUCGCCAUGAUAUCCGCAUUGGUCGUUGUGACCAUCGAAUCAUAUCUGACCACGAGAGGGGCUGGGCAUUCUCAUUCGCACCAUGCCCAUGAUUGGGAAUCAGACGAUGAAGAUGGGCAGGAGGGGACUCCACAAAUAACUGUCAGCGGUACGAGCAGCUUGGCUGCGAAGCGCUCAUCCAGUCGCCGCCCCGCAGACAUUGCGCUGGGGGAUCUCGGCCCUGGCGAGGGACAGGGGCUCAUGGCCGGCGCGUCGCCUCUUCCCGAGUCCACGCCUACUUCCGUUCCACUGUCGAACGCGAAGCACUUUGUCCCGAACAAAGAUGUUGACGAUGGGCAUGAGGAUGAGGAUGAAGAUGAGGACGAUCAGGAUCUCGAGCUGAACCUCGACGAACUCGAUCCGAGAACCAUAGAAGCGGAGGAUACCCGCCCCUUGGCUCGCCCCAAGACUCACAACCCUUCGAAGCAGGCCUCCGAGUCUAACUUACCACCGACACCCAGUCCGGAGGAGCAGAAACGCCUCAUGCUGCAAUGCUUGAUGCUAGAAGCAGGCAUCCUCUUCCACAGCAUCUUCAUCGGCAUGGCGGUUUCGGUAGCCACAGGCCCACCUUUUGUGGUUUUUUUGAUUGCCAUUGCCUUCCAUCAGACCUUCGAGGGCCUCGCCCUGGGUUCACGUAUUGCGGCGAUCCAGUUCCCCAGGCGCUCAAUACGGCCCUGGUUGAUGGUGUUGGCAUACGGAAUGACGACCCCCAUUGGACAAGCAAUCGGGCUGGUCGUGCACAACAUGUACGAUCCCAUGAGCCAGACAGGAUUGCUGAUGGUGGGCUUCAUGAAUGCCAUAUCGAGCGGGCUGCUCCUCUUUGCUGGCCUAGUACAGCUGCUCGCUGAAGAUUUCCUGACUGAGAAGAGCUAUAAGAUACUAAAAGGGAGGAACAGAGCUCAUGCUUUCUCAGCAGUGAUUGCCGGGGCCAUGUUGAUGGCCGCGGUGGGCGCCUUCGCAUAG